GAUCAACCCCGCGUCUUACUCAUAAUCAUUACAUUAAAUCAGUACACUAUCUCACUUAUUUUCAUCAACUUGAUCUGCUUGAUUGACCAAAAUGAAGACCCCUCUUAUUGUCAAUGCUCCCAUGUACGGCACUGCCACGGCUGCUCUGGCAGUUGCCGUGACCCAAGCGGGGGGAUUAGGAUUCAUCGUGGCGGGCUUCGAUUUCACCACGUCGAGCACGCAACUCCUCGCGCUGGAAAAAGAGCUCGUCCAUGCCCGAGAGCUGCUGGGAAUAGAAGAGGACGAAGAAGGAAGAAAGCUGCCCAUUGGAAUCGGCUUUCUGACCUUCCACAACGACGAUGCCAGCGGUCUUCUCCCUCUGCUACGUCGGUACCGACCGCUUGCAGUGUGGCUGUUUGCCCCGGCGGAACGACAGCACACGAGACUGAUCGAGAGCAUCCGACGGCUAGACGAUGACCGGCCGAUUCAGGUGUUUGUGCAGGUUGGAUGUGUGCGGGCGGCGGUUGAGGCUGUGGCGGACGAGGCGGACGUGCUGGUCGUGCAGGGGAGUGAUGCGGGGGGACACCAGUUUGCGCGGAAUGCGAGCAUCAUCAGUCUUGUUCCUGAAGUUGCUGAUGCGGUGUCUUUAUUGAAGGAGAAAGAAGGACGAGAGAUCACCAUCCUUGCUGCGGGGGGGAUUAUGGAUGGGCGUGGGAUUGCCGCUGCCCUGGCGCUUGGUAAGUGAUAUACAGUAUAUCUUUCCCAUAAUCUAACAGAACAGGAGCCAGUGGUGUGGGGAUGGGAACGAGGUUCGUCGCUACGACCGAGUCUGCCGCGUCGGCCGCCACAAAGUCGAUCUUGAUAUCGACGACAGACGGGGGAGUGACUACAG